GGAAGCUGGCGGAGGUGGUUCCGGUGUCGGCGGCGAUGAGCUUCUCGUGGCCCUGGCAGUACAGCUUCCCGCCCUUCUUCACGCUGCAGCCCAACGGCGAGACGCGGCAGAAGCAGCUGGCGGCCUGGUGCGCCCUGGCGCUCGCCUACAGCCGACGCCAGCGUCUGCCUGCCAUGACGCUGCGCGAGGCCCAAGACAGCCCGCUGUUCGCCAACCGCCGUCUCCAGAGGAAGCUGCCGCCCGAGGCCAUCCAGGUGGUGCUGGAGGAGCUGCGCAAGAACGGGAACCUGGAGUGGUUAGACAAGAACAAAACCAGUUUUCUGAUAAUGUGGAGAAGACCCGAGGAAUGGGGAAAGCUCAUCUAUCAGUGGGUGUCAAAGAAUGGCUUGACCAACUCUGUGUUCACACUGUAUGAGUUGAUCAGCGGAGAUGAUACAGCAAAUGAAGAGUUCCAUGGUUUGGAUGAGGCUAUGCUACUUCGUGCCCUGCAAGCCUUGCAGCAAGAGCACAAGGCUGAAAUCAUCACACUGGAUGAUGGCCGAGGCGUCAAGUUCUUCUGAUGGAAGCCCCCUCCCUGCCUCUCUUUGGCGGCUGGAACAUUUCCUGGCCUGGUUUCAAGCAGUGGCGCAAGCAGCUGCAUACUUGGAACUUCUUGGGGUGAAGAGAAUCUGUGAAGCCUUCCAAAGACAUGACUUCUUAUCCUGUUGCUGUUUCCCUAUUCUUGUGAACGCAGUGGAUGGGCACUCUGGUGGCUGGUCAGGCACAGCUGCCAAGGGGUUCUCCUCCCAACUUCCAGCCGCAUGCCUGGGCUCUAUAGCCCCCACCGCGUGGCUGAGCGAGGUGAAAGCAAACACACAGAACGCGCUGCUGCUGCUGUGGCAUAGAAGACCUCACUGAAAGACUGAUAUACACUUGCUGCAAAGCAGGCUGAUCUGUGUGGUGGGGUGGAUUCCAAGGAGCUAAUCUGAAGUAAUUAAAAUGAGAUGUAUUUA